UAUUGGUCAGUCACGAACAAGAUUUGGAAGAGUCCGCAUCGUCGUUGGAAGAGUCUAGGCAGGUCGUUAAUUAGUCAGUAUGUUGGAUUUUUGGGAUGUUUUCACCGCUGUAUUGGUGAUCUGUUUGGGAGUGUUGUACUACAUCAAGAAGCAGCACUCGUACUGGGCUGAUAGGAACGUUCCGUUCUCUAAGCCGGUCUUUUUGUACGGCAAUGCCAAGCCCAUGGGAAGAACGGAACAGGCCGGACCCCUGUUCAAGCGAUUGUACAACGAACUCAAGGGAAAGCAUCCGUUCGGUGGGAUUUACAUGUUUACGAAGCCGGUUGCGCUGAUUACGGAUCUUGAACUGCUGAAGUGCGUCUUUGCGAAGGAUUUUCAGUACUUCCACGAUCGUGGGACGUACUACAACGAGAAGGACGAUCCCCUGUCGGCGCACAUGUUCAACCUGCCCGGAUCCAAGUGGAAGAAUCUGCGACACAAGCUGUCGCCGACGUUCACCUCCGGGAAGAUGAAGAUGAUGUUUCCGACAAUUGUGGCUGCGGGGAAGCAGUUUAAUGACUUUCUGCAUGAAAAGGUCAGCCACGAGAGUGAGUUUGAACUAAAGGAUCUGCUGGCGAGGUAUACAACCGAUGUGAUUGGCAUGUGUGCGUUUGGGAUUGAGUGCAAUUCGCUGAAGGAUCCGGAUGCGCAGUUCAGAGUUAUGGGAAGGAAGAUCUUCGAAACUCCGAGAGGCAGAAUCAAGUCAAUGUUGACAAAUGCAACACCAAACUUUGCUAGAUUUAUCGGUGUAAAGCUGUCUGUCCCAGAGGUUGAACAGUUCUUUUUGCGAGUUGUCCGGGAGACGAUUGACUACCGGGUGAAGAACAACGUCAAGAGGAACGACUUUAUGGAUCUGUUGAUCCAGAUGAGGAGUCCGGAUGAUACGAAGAGCGACGAUGGACUGCUGUCUUUCAACGAGAUCGCAGCGCAAGCGUUUGUGUUCUACUUGGCUGGAUUCGAGACCAGCUCUACGCUGCUAACGUGGACUCUGUACGAGCUGGCUCUGAAUCAGGACAUCCAGGAGAAGGGUCGUCAACACGUGAAGGAGGUUCUACCUAAGUACAACGGGGAAAUGUCUUACGAAUCCGUUACCGCGAUGAAGUAUCUGGAUCAGAUCUUGAAUGAAUCCCUUCGCAAGUAUCCCCCGGUUCCAAUCCAUUUCCGCGAGGUGGCCAAGGACUACCAAGUCCCCAACACCAAAUCCGUCCUGGAAGCCGGCACCCAGGUAUUCAUCCCGGUAUACGGAAUCCAUCACGAUCCGGAGGUCUUCCCCGAUCCUGACAAGUUCGAUCCCGAGCGAUUCUCAUCGGAGCAGGAAGCCAAUCGCAACCCGUACGCGUGGACGCCGUUCGGCGAGGGCCCUCGAAUCUGUAUCGGACUGAGAUUCGGAAUGAUGCAGGCCCGCAUCGGACUGGCCUAUCUGUUGACCAACUUUAGGUUUUCUAUCGGAGAAAAGUGCAAGGUUCCCCUAGAACUGAACAAAAAGAGCUUCAUCCUAGCGCCUGAAGGUGGACUCUGGCUUAAAGUUGAGAAACUGUAACGUUAAGUAAUAAAAUCAAACCAAUCUUAUCUACCCC